AUGUUCGACUCCGCACGAGCGCCUCGCGUAAACUCUGGUACUCCCGAACCCGCCAUCGACCAGAACCUUGAAGCCCAGAUUAAGGCUCUACAGCGAGUGUCGGCUCUUCCCGCUUCGACGCCACCUCGUGACGUUGCGGCUGCAUCAUCCGCAAUUCCUACAUCGCCGCCUCGCCCCAUUUCUCCAUCCCUCGAGUCUAAUACGGCAUCUACAGAGCUGCAGUUGGGGGACGGGGCUAGAGGAGCAGGCGACACCUUUGAGGAGAUGGUUGACCGUCCGCCUUCUCUAGUUGACAAGGCCGUGCCUGCUCGCACGAGCGAAGCCCUUGGACUUCCUGAGCUCCCCGAGUCAGACAAGUUUGUGGCCGCGACGGGUGUGACGACCCGCCCAAAACGCAAGAGAGGCCAGGGUCCGGAUAAGGAAGUUUCUGAAGGCAAGGAGGGAGAGAGCGAGGGCGUUGGUAAUGGCGCAGAGAAGGCAAAGACGAAGAAGCACGCUGGGGGUAAAGACAAGGCCGGAGGCGACAAGAAGAAGAAGAAGUGA